AUGUGCUCGGCACAAGAGCAAACACUUUCUCAGGUGAAGGACUCUCAUGAAUCAGCCAUGCAUGUGAAUGAAGACACCGUUUCAAGGAGGCUUGGAGCCACUAACAAAACAUAUUUGUAUUUCAUCAUCGCUACCCUUGUUGCUCUACUCAUCUUUGCAUUAGCCACCAUCAUGGUCUUAGUCGUUCAGAGGACGGCAGCUGAUCCUGCCACAGAGGGCAUCGCAAAACCUAUCAGGACAG